AUGCUUCCCUGGCUUGUGGUUGCUGCUGUAGCGGCAUAUACAGGGUAUCAGAUCUUUGGUGCAAUCUACAAUAUCUAUUUUCACCCACUAGCCUCCUUUCCAGGUCCGAAAUUAUGGAUUGCUUUCCCUGUCCUCCGUCGCAUUUUCGCCGCGACGGGUAAUCUUGAUCGUGAACUCAUAAAGUUUCAUCAGCGAUUCGGUGAAGUCGUUCGGUUCACAGAUGACAGUCUAUCAUUCACCACAGCACAAGCUUGGAAAGAUAUAUAUGGUUAUGGCCAUGGUUCCAAGCAAUGGCCAAAGGAAGAGUUCCGGCCUCCUGGCUCCGUGAACAACAUCUUAUUCUGUAACGAUGUCGAACACGCCAGGUUUCGAAAGGCUUUGGCACCUGCCUUCUCCGAACAGAGCUUGAGACUACAAGAAGACUUGAUCAAAGGUUAUGUCGAUAUCCUCAUCGCGAGUCUACGAGAGGAGGCAGACAAGGGGCAGAAUGCUGACAUGACGAUGUGGUACAACUUGACGACAUUCGAUAUCAUAUCUGAUCUUGCAUUUGGAGAACCAUCGAACUGCUUGAAGAACAAGGCAUACACUGAAUACAUUAUUACGAUUUUCAAAUUCCUUCAGGUCGUGCCAAUGAUACAGCUAGCGAAAUUCUACCCUUCUAUCUGGAAGACCAUCAGCCUCUUUAUUGGCAAGAGUGUUCAGACCAAGAGAGAAAACCUAUUCAAAAUUGGUACUGAUACAGCCAUGAAACGCAAGAACGACAGAUCGAAAGACGGGAGAGGCGAUUUCAUGGAGGCUCUGCUCAGGCACAGUGAGAUGAAAGACCCCAUCAGUGAUGCGGAGCUAGGUAGUAACGCGCAUAUACUCUUUAUGGCAGGAUCAGAAACCUCUUCUACCUUACUCGCUGGCACAACCUACUACAUGCUCAAAACACCCGGCGUAAUCCAGAAUGCAAUGCAGGAGGUCCGCUCCGCAUUCGAGAACCAAGACGAUAUAACCUUCACCUCAGCCUCAGCCAAGAUCCCCUACACACUAGCAUGUCUCGAAGAAGGUCUAAGAAUGUACCCACCAGUACCUACCUGCCUCGUCCGAACCACUCCAGAACCCGCAACAAUCUCAGGCUACGCCGUGCCAGCAGGUACACACGUUGGCGUCCACCAACUAGCAGCGAACAUGUCCCAUCGAAACUUUAGUCAGCCAGACUCUUUCAAGCCAGAGCGAUGGAUGCCGGAAUUGAACUCGGACGAAAAAUCGCCUUUUUAUAGCGAUAAUCGCGAUGCUCGUCAGCCUUUCUCGAUUGGGCCCCGAAAUUGUAUUGGUAUGAAUCUCGCUUUUGCGGAGAUGCGGCAGAUAUUGGCUAGAGUGCUGUGGAAUUUCGAUUUGGAGCUUGUGGACAAGGAGCAACAUUGGGCGAAGCAGAAGACGUAUGUUGUUUGGGCCAAGGAACCCUUGCUUUGUCAUAUUAGAGCUCGGAAGAGUGUGUAG